UUGAUCUAUCCAAUUAUUAUUUAAACUCUCAAUUAUAUUUUAUGAAAGAAAAUGUUUUUAAUUUGUAGGUAAAGAAAUUACACUUCUGGCAAAUUAUUUCAAGGUACUAUCUCCUCUAAACUGGACUCUUUAUCUAUAUAAUGUUGAAUUUACUCCACCAGAAAAUCGUGUUUAUAUGCGUAAAGGUUUAAUUAAACUUUAUAAAGAAUCAUUUAACAUAUUUAUUUAUGAUGGUUAUGUACUAUAUUUACAUGAACGUUUACCUAAUAUGACUCUCCCAACAAAAAAAACAUCUGAUGAUGAAGAUGUUACAGCAAGUAUAAGAUAUAUUGGAAUAGUGGAUACAAGGGAUCGACAUUAUCUGCAAUUUUUCAACAUAAUAAUGAGGAAAUGCAUAGAACAUUUAAAGCUACAACUGGUUCGUCGUAAUUAUUAUGACCCAAAAGAUAAUAAACGAAUUGAUCACUAUAAAUUGGAAGUGUUGUCAGGUAUCUUCACAUCUAUUAGACAACAUAAAGAAAACAUUUUUAUGUGCGUGGAUGUAGCUCAUAAAAUUAUGCGUUUGGAUACACUUUUAGACAUUUGGAAUAAUUGUAAAAGAAAAAAGUCGGACAGUAAAACAAAAAUUCAACAAAUGUUUUGUGAAGAAGUCAUAGGAUGUAUUGUACUUACUGAUUACAACAACAAUAUGUAUCGGAUCAGGGACAUUGAUUUCACACUAACUCCAAUGGAUACAUUUAUACUAUCAAAAACGGGAGAAUCCAUAAGAUUUAAGGAUUACUAUCAGAAUAGAUAUAAUAUAACUUUAAAAAAAAGAAAACAACCUAUGCUCCUUGCAGAAAGAAAACAAAGAACACGUAAUGUAUCAGGUCAAAGGGAAAACUUAGUUUAUUUAAUUUCUGAAUUGUGUCGUGCAACAGGUUUGACGGAUAGUAUGCAAAAAAACUUUAGUAUGAUGAGAGCAUUAUCUUUACAUACACAAAUUGUUCCUGACAAGAGAAUUAAAAAAUUAAUGACAUUUAAUAAAAAGCUUCAUGAUAAAUCAGAAGCUCUAAACGAAUUAAAGCAAUGGAGCUUACAAUUAGAAAAUAAAUUGGUUGAAAUACAAGGACGUAAAUUACCUAUGAAACAGAUAUGUUUUCAUGAUAAUGAUAAUACAUAUGCAGGAAAACAAGGAAAUUGGAACAUUAAUUCUUUAGUUUCUACUAUAAAAUUGGAUAAAUGGAUGGUACUUUGUGAGACUGAAUGUAGAGAUAAGUGGCAGGAAUUCUUGGAAAUUCUUAAAUUUGAAGCAAAAAAAAUAAGAUUUGAAAUAUCAUAUCCAAAUACUUCUUAUUUUAAGACAAAAAUAGAUCUUAAUAUGGAGAUAGAGAAUGUCGCAAAGGCAACUGCUUUACAAUUAGUUGUUUGUGUUGAUUCGAAGAUUUCUUAUAAUAACUAUACUGUUCUAAAAAAGAAAUGUUGCAUUGACCGGCCAGUCCCAUCACAGAUGAUUAUUAUGAAGAAGAGGAAAGCAAAAUUGUUGUCAUUUAUAGCUAAGAAAAUAGCUAUUCAAAUAAAUUGUAAACUUGGUGGAGCUCCGUGGUAUGUCAAUAUACCACUUAAGGGAUUAAUGGUGAUUGGUUUUGAUGUUUGUCAUGAUAAACGUAGGAAAGAUUGUGAUUUUAGUGCUACAGUUGCUUCUUUAGAUAGUAACUUAAGCAGAUAUAUUAGUGCUGUAAGUAAACAUAAAAAAGAUGAGGAAUUAUCCAACGAUAUAGCUAGUCAUAUUUGUAAGUUUAUAUCAGCAUAUCGAGAUAAUAAUGGCAAUAGAUAUCCUGAAUAUAUUAUAAUCUAUCGCAAUGGUAUUGGCGAGGAUCAACUAGAAUUAGUUUAUAAUCACGAGGUAAAAAAAAUAAAGGAGAAACUUGAUGAAAUAUAUAAAGACAUGCCAAUAAAGAUGACUUUUAUAAUCAUUACUAAACGGGCGAAUACUCGAAUUUUUUAUAACGAUAAUAAUCCGCCAUGUGGUACAGUUGUGGAUAGUGUGAUUACUAGUCCAGUAAAACGUGAUUUUUUUAUCGUAUCCCAACACGUUCAACAUGGUACUAUUACGCCAACAUUGUAUAUUAUAAUUUACGAUACUCUUGAUCUCAAUAUCGAAAUGAUUCAACAACUCACAUACAAGCUCACCCAUAUGUAUUACAACUGGACCGGUAUUAUGAGAGUACCAGCUCCUUGUCAAUAUGCACAUAAGCUUGCAUAUUUAGUAGGUGUAUAUAUAUAUCAAGAACCAAACGUUGACAUGGAGAAUCUUUUAUAUUAUUUGUAAUUUCGAAUCUUCAUUUCUAUUAUUUAUAUAAGAACAUACAGUAUACGUAUAACAUAUAUACAAUAUGUGUGUAAAAAUUAAUGGGAUCGGUUCUGUAAAAAUAUUUAUAGAUCACUUAAUGAAAAAUAUACAUUAUCGUUUUUAAAAUAGUUACUUCGACAAACUAUGCACCAUCUAAGGCAUUGCUCCCAUUUCUAGAAACAGUGCUGGAAUUCUUUUACUGGAACUGCUUUCAAUCGGUUAUAACAUUUACGUUCAUAGUUCCAAAAUGACAUCUCUUGAGAAAUGGCUUUUAAUUUUUGUGAAAAAGAUAACACAUAAACACAAAGUAGAAAAAUUUAAAGGCUAUGGAAUUACCGGAAUAUCUUUGUUGGCCAAAAAUUCAUUUACAGAGUAUAGUGUGAGAGGAAAUAAUAUGCAUUGUCGCUGUUCCAUUUCCGUAAGGCAUCAAUAAAACAUAUUUUUGUCAAAUUCGUUGCGAAAUUGCUCACGUUAAUUCAACUGAGUUGAAAUUGAUACUAAUGGUAGAGAUAUAUGUAUGCUCAGUAGUGUCACAGUGUUUAUGCAAUGUUGCCGAUUUCUGAUUUUUGAGAUCAUUACUUCUUAAAUACACCUUAUACGCAUAUCGCAUAUAACGCGUAUAACUGAAACGUGAUACAACACGAUACCCCAAUAAUAUUUUAUUUUUUUGGUUUCAAAAGAAAAACAAUUAUUUUUUAA